AUGGAGUGCCCGAAUUGCAAACUGCUAUUUCAAUCGGCGGAUGAGAUUGUGCAGCACCUCAACAGCCAGAAUACCUGUUGGACUCCCUCUGCCAUACUGAGUGGUGGUCGUACUUGCCCCCUCCCUAAACCUGCUGACUACUAUCCAUUUUCUGACAUCCCUUCUGAAGGUACACUUCCCCACACAGCACAGGGAGCUCUCCCUCCCAAGCUGCGCUUUCGCUAUCACCCCACAUCAGGAUAUAUCUAUGACAAAGGCAAGAACAUAAUGCAGGAGAUGGAGUCCGACCAAUUCUCGUAUCGACGGAAGGACCAGUUUUAUUAUCCAUUUCAGGAUCGCGGGGAAUGGGAGCUUGCAAAAUUCAUGUGCGAAUGCUUGAUGCAGUCUCAAAUGGACCGUUUCUUGAAACUUGAGUGGUUCAAGACCCGAGAUAAACCAUCUUUCAAGAACAAAAAUGAGCUGAUUACAUGGCUCGAAUGGUUGCCCAGUGGACCCAGUUGGAAGCACGAGGAGUUCCACUUACUCAGUUACAAAUCUACCCCAAUACACUUGAUCUACAGAGACGCUCUUGAAGUUGCGCAGCAUAUCUUUGCGAACCCGGUUUUUGCACAGCAUAUGAUGUUCGAUCCUAAAGAAACAUACCAAGGCGUUCAAAGAGAAUUUAGCGAAUUCAUGACUGCCAAUCAUGCAUUUGAACUGCAGGAAUGUUUUUUUUUGAAUCAAUUCCCUGAAGGCGCAACAAUGAUGCCAAUAAUUAUGGCUUCGGACAAGACUAACGUCACAAGAGGCACAGGAAAUCUUGAAAUGCAUCCCACUUUCCUGAUGAUUGCUAAUAUUGCAUCUGAUGUACGCAUGAAAGCCACCGCGCAAGCUUGGAGAUGUGUAGCUUUCAUCCCAACCCCAAAGUUUGAUGUCCACAAUGACUUCCAAGGCAUACUGCAAGCCCGGGUGUGGCAUAAGUGUAUGGACAAAGUCUGCGUGAACCUCAAGAUUGCAGCAAAAGUAGGCACUUUCAUCCCGGAUCCAUUCGGCCUCGUUCGCUAUGUAUUCACGCCCUUGGUGGCGUAUCAAGCUGAUCUUCCGGAGCAACAGCUUAUUGCCUGUGCUGUCGAUGGAUGGCAGAUCACCGAGUUCCAGGCCAAAGCCAAAGCCAUUGGCCUCAGCGGGGUCCAGCAACCAUUUUGGCGCGAUUGGCACCUCGCUGAGCCUGCCAUCUUUCUCACCCCAGAAAUACUCCACAUUUGCCAUAAAUUCUUUUUUGACCACGUUCUUCUAUGGCGCAAGACAAUGCUCGGAAAUGAAGAACUGGAUGAUCGAUAUAAAAGUCACCACAAACGUGUUGGAUUUCGCCAUUUCUCCAAAGGCAUAUCACACGUCAAGCAAAUGACUGGCAGGGAUCAUCGCGACAUUCAGCGCACAAUUGUUCCAUCAAUUGCAGGUGCAGCCCCACCAAAAGCUGUCCGAGCUAUCCGUGCUAUUGUGGAUUUCAUAUACAUUGCACAGAAUCCCAUCCAUACCCCUACAUCAAUCACGCAAAUGGAGGCCGCACUCGCCGAAUUUUACCGUCACAAGCAGGCGAUCCUGGACGCCGAGGCACACCGAGGCAAAAAAGGUGCUAUGGACCACUUUUGGAUUCCGAAGCUUGAGCUCUUGCAGAGCUUCGCACGGGCGGUCAAGAAUUCAGGGAACAUCUUGCAGUAUACAGCGGAUAGGACCAGCCAUCAGAGCGAUUUCAUAUUCCAGAUCGUUCGUUUGCUUGACAUCGCAGAGAAGGUCCGGCAGUUCGAACUGUACACCCUCUUACGACUAUUUCAUCAGGACCUUGUGAACGUUGCUAUCAGGACAGAGCAAGACGAGAUUGCUGACUUGGAUCCUGAACUGGCAUGGGUAUCGCAGUUCGCAACUGCGGCCGAAGAAAUACGAUAUCAAAGCCCCCGCCCUGUUCGAAACCAUUUCUUGAAGGGCCUCACAUCUGACGACUCAAACAUCGCUUUCCAUCUCACUGUAGUCCCCGACAUACGUUCUACAUCUAUGCAUGAUGCUGCUAUCUCAUUAAAUCUGCCAGACCUCAGCGCUGCGUUAUACGACUUUGUAAAAGGACUUUCCAUCGAACAACGUCGUAGCCAGGGGUCUUUCAAUGGGCGGGGAGGAAUUGAUUUAGGAUUUGAUAAAGUACAACUGUGGUUCAAAUUUCGACUACAACAGCAUUCAGUAUUUAAAACCCAGGUCAUCAUGCCGAGUCAGAUGGUUCAGGCGUUUCCUCCAAGUAAUGAUGCACCUUUCGGAAACUGCGACACCAUUUUGAUACAGCUCAAAACCGCAGAAAUGCCUGAGGUCGCACAAGUACGGACUGUUAUUGUGCCCAUCGCCCGUAAAGGCAGUGUGCUUCAUCCUGCGUUAAAUCAACCAAUCACAUAUAUUCAAUUGUUCGAGGUUGUUUCAAGCCCUGCUCAGCAGCCUGAUGUGGACAUGUUCGUUGUCAAGAGGGCUUUCCACUCUGAGCCGUCACCAAAUGGAGGCACUCAGCGACUAGGGGGUUUCAUUCCAUUGACGUUGAUUACUCAGGCCAUUGAGCUCAUUCCUGUUUAUGGAGAGAGAAUGGAUCGCACCAUAAAUGCAAUGAACUCGCUGGAGUUCUGCUCGUAUGUCGCGACACGUCUGUGGGAGAUUUCACGGGCUUCUAAGGGACUAGACAUCUCAACGAUUAUCACGGAGAAUGUCAUGAUGGGCCUGGAGAAGUACCUUAAUGGCGGCGGCGAUAUCCCGCUUACACAAUACUGCGACAUCAAAGGAACGAUGUUUAAAUGA